GAGAAGGGGUGUAAUUGCAUUUGUAGAGAACAUUAGGUAGUCUUUUUGUAAACAAUCACACCAAGUUGGAAAUCAACCUGGACUAAUAAUUAUGACACCCUCUUCUCAUCUCUACGCUGUCUUUUGUCUUCUCCACUUCUCACUCACUCGCAAACAGUCCAUUUCCCCUCUCUUCAGAUCCAGGGUUGUGAAUGAUUUGAUAUAAUAAUGGAAGAAAUACAGUCGCAUUCGGAGAACUAUAGAUCUUCGUCGUCUUCAGCUAGUAGUCCCGCUAGUAGAGUGCCGUCUAGUAAUUUUUUUUACUUAAGGAAACAAGGGGCUUUAAGGCAACCGAUUUCGUUCGAAGAUUCACCUGAUUGGGAGGAUAAUAAUACGGAUGUGGAGGUUAGGGUGGAAGAGGGCGGUGACUCGAUUAACACCGCCACUACUCCCAUUUCACCAUCGCUUUCAAAGCUCAAUAGUGGUUCUCUACCAUCUCCACCGUUACCGGAAGGUGCGGUUGUGGCAAGGAAGAUCGCGGGGGCUGCUAUUGUGUGGAGGGAUUUAACGGUUACUAUAAAGGGUAAACGGAAGUAUUCUGAUCGGGUUGUUAAAAGCUCGAAUGGAUACGCUUUACCUGGCACGAUGACUGUGAUCAUGGGUCCCGGAAAGUCGGGGAAAUCGACACUGUUGCGAGCCCUUGCUGGAAGGUUGGAUGAUUCAGCGAAAACAUACGGUGAAGUAUUUGUCAAUGGGGCUAAAUCGAGCUUGCAGUAUGGAUCCUAUGGAUAUGUUGAGAGAAAAAACACACUUAUCGGAUCAUUAACCGUGCGUGAAUUUCUUUACUACUCGGCGCUACUUCAACUUCCUGGCUUCUUUUAUCAGAAAAAGAGUGUGGUAGAGGAUGCUAUUCAAGCGAUGUCGUUAGGUGACUACGCGAAUAAACUCAUAGGGGGUCAUUGUUACAUGAAGGGUCUUCCGAGUGGCGAAAGAAGGCGAGUCAGCAUCGCCAGAGAGCUUGUGAUGAGGCCGCAAGUCUUGUUUAUAGACGAGCCUCUCUACCAUCUUGAUAGUGUUUCUGCACUUUUGAUGAUGGUGACAUUGAAGAAGCUUGCAAGCACUGGUUGCACCUUAAUUUUCACAAUUUACCAAAGUAGCACCGAAGUGUUUGGUCUUUAUGACCGAAUUUGUCUUCUUUCAAAUGGGAAUACGCUGUUUUUUGGGGAGACACUGGCUUGUUUGCAGCACUUCUCAAACGCUGGAUUUCCUUGCCCGAUUAUGCAAAGUCCUUCCGACCAUUUUCUUCGUGCAAUAAACACCGACUUUGACCGGAUCAUUACAAUGUGCAAAACCUGGCAGGAUGAUAAUGGGGAUUUUUCAAAUGUCAAUAUGGACACCGCGGUAGCAAUCCGUACCCUAGAAGAAACAUAUAGAUCUUCAGCUGACGCAGCAGCAGUUGAGACCAUGAUACAUAGGCUAACCGAAAGAGAAGGCCCGUCUCUAAAAAGCAAGGGAAAGGCGAGUAGCGCUACAAGAAUUGCAGUGUUGACUUGGAGAUCGUUGUUGAUUAUGUCGCGGGAAUGGAAAUAUUAUUGGCUUCGGUUAAUCCUUUGCAUGCUUCUUGCGUUAUGUGUCGGCACUGCCUUUUCGGGUUUAGGUCAUUCGUUAUCCUCUGUUGGGACGAGAGUUGCAGCAAUUUUUGCGUUUAUAUCUUUCGCUUCACUCCUAAGCAUUGUUGGGGUACCUGCACAAUUAAAGGAGGUUAAGGUGUACGCUUGUGAAGAUUCAAAUCAACAUUCAGGAGGAAUAGUUUUCUUAACGGGACAACUUCUGGCGAGUUUUCCGUUCUUGUUUUUGAUCUCGAUUUCUUCGAGUCUGGUUUUCUACUUCCUCGUGGGGCUUAGAAAUGAUUUCAGCUUUAUGAUGUAUUUUGUGCUCAAUUUCUUCAUGUGCCUUUUGGUUAACGAAGGGCUAGUGCUCGUUGUUGCCACCGUUUUGCAAGAUGUUUUCUGGACUAUCUCAACACUCGUGUUUAUACAUGUGAUGAUGAUGCUUUCUGCUGGCUAUUUCCGAAUUCGAAGCGCGUUGCCUGGGCCCGUUUGGAUGUAUCCUGUUUCCUACAUUGCUUUCCACACGUAUUCGAUACAGGGUCUCUUGGAGAACGAGUAUGACGGGACAUCAUUUGCAGUUGGUCAAGUGAGAACGAUAACCGGGUAUCAAGCGCUCCAUAACGUUUAUGACAUUUCCCCCGAUAAUAAUUCAAAAUGGAGAAAUCUACUGAUCCUUUCACUUAUGGCACUUGCGUAUCGAGUUCUUGUGUUUCUGUUGCUACAUUUUUGUGUGAAGAAGAACUCAUCUCUAUUUAGAUUUGUGUGUUGUAAACUCAAGAUGAAUGAAUGAAAGAAUAUAUACGCGCUUUCUUGCCUGAUUCGCGCUGUUGUUUAGACCAUA